CUUGAAUGAAGAACCUUUAUUUUGAUAUCCGGUCCACACUCCAGCACAAUAGGGGGCAGUAAUGCACCUUACACUUAGUAUAAUGCGCCUGCCUGAAUCUGAAGAAGAAGGAGUUGUUGUAUUUCCCACCGUACACGAACGCAGCACCAGUUCGGUUUCCACGGCAACGCCAGACAACAGACAGAGAGCAAGAUGGUUCACAUCACAGAGGACCUGAUUCGCCGCCGGGCCGAACACAACGAGUGUGAGAUCUUCUCUCUGGAGGAAGUGACUCUCCACCAGCAGGACCUGGAGGGGAUCGAACACAUCGAGCGCUGGUGCAAAGAGCUGAAGAUCCUCUACCUGCAGAACAACCUCAUCCCCACGAUCGAGAAUGUGGGUCGCCUGAAGAAACUGGAGUACUUGAAUCUGGCCUUGAACAACAUAGAAGUCAUUGAAAACCUUGAAG